AUGAUGGACGGUGGUCUUAUCCAGAUCGAAGUAUGUAGAAAAAAAGGAAAACCAUGCCAUAAUGGUUCCAUUCAACAAAUUCUGUUACAUGAAAGUGAUAUAUUUACAGUUGGAGAAGAUGGCUAUAUUAGAGUAUGGGAUUUUGAGACAAUCGAUACUGCCGAGGCCGUGGAAGAAGGUGGAAAAAUGGAAAUUGAACCGUUAAAUGAACUCAAAGUUGGUACUGAUAGUAAAUUAAUGGGUAUUACACAUGGUGCAGACAAUGAUAUGGCUCUUUGGUUUGCACAAGAUGCAAAUGGAAACGUAUGGAAACUAGAUUUAUCUUUUUCCAAGAAUAGUCUUGAUCCCGAAAUAGUUCAGUCAUUUAUGUCAGGUGCCAUUACCGGACUUGAUGUCUCAACAAGCUAUGACAUAUUUGCUGCAUCAGCUGGAAAUUCUGUUCGAAUAAUGCAUACAUUCACUCAAGAUGUACUGGCACAACGGAUAUUUAACAAAAAAACGACCAGUCUCAAAUGGAUUCCGAGUGCAGUGGAUGAAAAAUCGGAUGGAAUUUUUCUAGGAUUUGAAGAUGGUGUUGUACGUUUUGUUCGUUUACGUUCAGUGACAAAUAAAAGUGAAAAAAAAUUAGAUUUUGAUAUUCGAUUGAGUCAAGUUAUUAAACCACAUACAAAGAGUGUUACAUGUAUUGCACUUGAAGUAUCCAAUCGUUGGGUGGCAACAGGCAGUGCCGAUGGUACCGUGUUCUUUUUCAAUUUUUCACCAAAAGGUUUGACUCCGAUUGGAUUUGUCAAUACAAAAAAUGCUGUCACCUAUAUGACAUGGACACCGUCGCAUUACGCAAAACCUCGUUUAAUGGUUUGUUUAAACAAUGGAACUGUGCUAGAAUAUGAUGCACCUACUGGAAGAUAUGAUGCAACAACAUCUUAUUCAAUUGAAUCUCAAUUAGCCGUGAGAAUAUUUAAAUUUCGAAGUAUUAAAUCAAAAUUAAGACAUGAAGAAGAAUUGGAACGCAAAAGAAAAGAGGAAGAAGAACGACAGAAAAAACUUGAAGAAGAAAGACGAUUGAGAGGAAUUGAGAAAAAAGAUAAAGCCACUUACACAGAUCUCACGAUUCUUAUAUCAGUAUACUCCACUGCCACUGCCACCGCAGAUGUUGUCAUAGUAUUUACAUUUUAG